UAGCCCACCCGGCCCACGCUGAGCUUGCAGCCUCGAGCGAGUUUUCCAGACUACACAACAACAAACCCACACACAACCGACAUCAUGUCUUUCGAGGAUUGGGCACUCCAGUUCUGCCUCACCUGCGACAAGCAGACUGAUGAUGGCGCUGCCUACUGCUCCGAGUCCUGCCGCCUGGCCGACUACGAGACCAACUCUGCCUCCAGCUCCGGUCCUAGCUCCCCCAGCCUGAACGGCCCUUCCUUCGACUGGUCUUUCAACAAGUCUACAUCAUCGAGCAACCAGUCCUACCUCUCCCCCGCUUCCAACUUCAGCACCCAAUCGAGCAGGACACUAUCUCCCUCGAGCUCGCACACUAGCCUUUGCUCCAUGAAGAGCACAUCAUCGGCGGGCCUCAGCCACAGCCACUCUGGCAUGUCUGAAAAGGCGGCCAGGGAGCUCCAAGCAUAUGCCCACUCGUUCGAGUCCGUCAGGCUGCAACGCAGGCGAUCUUCCAACUAAAAAGAUCGACGCACCAUUCACACCACUACCUUGUUUAUUAUCAGCGACUAUACCCCUCACCUCACUCGACCACUGUUCAAGCAUAGAACAUUACACGACUCGACUCGGCCAUCUUGUUUCGUUUGUUUCUUUACAGUUGUUAU